CGCUGUAUGGGGCUCACUGUGGGCUCAGGGUGGAAUCCAAUAUGGCGCGCGUGAUUUCCGACGAGGCCUUGGAGGCUUUCUUGAAGAAAGAGCUCAAUACAAGUAAACUUGUGAGCACCGGCCACUUCGGAGGCGGUUGCAUUAACGAGGGUCAAAGCUAUGAUACGGACCAUGGGGUGAUUUUUGUGAAAAUUAACAAGAAAGAUGAGUCGAGAAGGAUGUUUGAGGGGGAGUAUUUGUCCCUUGAUUUGUUGGACAAAACGGGAGCAGUUGUCGUCCCAAAGCCAAUCAAGGUGUUAGAUCACCCUGGAGGAAGUGGUUCAAUGUUAGUCAUGAAACAUCUGGAUAUCAAGACCCUGAAGAACUACCAAGCUGAGCUUGGUGGACAGCUUGCAAGAUUGCAUCUGCAUAAUAUAGAGAAAUUGAAUAGAGGAGAUGCUGAUGCCGUCUCAAAGUUUGGGUUCCCAGGAAUCACUUGUUGUGGCUACAUCCCUCUUAACAACCAGUGGUAUGACAACUGGGUGGAUUUCUUUGUGGAAUCAAGACUGGAGCUGCAACUUGUCAUGGUUCUAAAGGAGGGAAGUGACCCUGAGCUGCAGACCUUGUGGGAGAAACUCAAAGCAAAGAUUCCCGAGUACUUUGCUGGUUUGGACAUCAAGCCAAGUCUGCUGCAUGGGGACUUAUGGGGUGGAAAUGUGGGAGAGGUUGAAUCUAACCCAGUGAUAUUUGACCCAGCCUCAUUCUAUGGCCAUCACGAGUUUGAGCUCGGCAUCGCUGGCAUGUUUGGAGGAUUCAGUCCUGAGUUCUACGAUGCCUAUCACAAGCUCAUCCCCAAAGCCCCAGGCUUCGAUGAUCGCCAUAACCUUUACCAGCUCUUCCAUUAUCUUAAUCAUUGGAAUCAUUUUGGUAGCUGUUAUCGUCCAGCGGCCCUAAACAUUAUGAGGAAGCUGACGGCCAUUUGAUGAGCGCUUAGAACCACUUUUUUUCGACACUAUGCUUGACAGCUUCCACUAUGCCAGGCGUGUGAAAUGCUGUAUAGUGAUCUAAGAUGGCUAUUAUCAAAACCGAUUGGACUAAGAACACGUGAUUUGAACAGGGAUAAAUAACGAGGUCUGAGACUUCUGUAAUGUGUUGACGUGCAAUAAAAAUUUCUUUGUGCA